UACAGAAUCAACGAAAUUCCACCAUGUAGUUGCUGCUCUACAACCGGAGGAACUGGCGAUUAUCAGCGACAUUGUUAUCAGUCCACCUGUGGAUAAGCCUUUCGCCGCACUUAAGAAAAGAUUGUGCUCUCAAUAUGCUGAAUCUGAAGCUCAACGCUUAAGGGAUUUGAUUUCGGGGAUGCAACUUGGCGACCGCCGUCCUUCAAGACUGCUUCUGGAGAUGCGGAAUAAAGCCGGAGCGAGAAUUAACGAUGAAAUUCUUAAAUCUUUAUUUUUGCAGAGAUUGCCUACUAACGUUCAACAGAUUUUGGCGAUUUCCAACGAUAACCUGGACAAGCUGGCAGAGAUGGCGGAUGGUAUCAUGGCUACAACAACUAACGCACAGUCAGUCAGCGUAGUUGCUGAUUCGACGGAUCAGACGGAUUUACGGUCUUUAUUGACAGAGAUCACAGCUCGUCUCGCACGGUUGGAAGCCCGUACAAGUGACCGGUCGAGAAGUACUAGUCAGAAACGCUCUACAAGCCGAAGCCGACAGUCU